AUGAGGGCGCUGGUGCGGCGCUGCUGGGGGCGCCGGCCCGUGGGCGGCGGCGCGGGCCGGAGGCCGGGCCCCCAGGGGCGGGCGCUGGCCGGGUUCGGCGGGGAGGACGGCCGGGGCCCCCGCAUCCGCGAGAAGCCGCCCUGGCGGGUGCUCUUCUUCGGCACCGACCGGUUCUCCCGCGAGGCGCUGCGGGCGCUGCACGCCGCCAGGGAAAACAAAGAAGAACCGUUAAUCGAGAAACUGGAGGUGGUCACAGUGCCUUCCCCAUCACCGAAAGGACUGCCAGUGAAGCAAUAUGCUGUCCAAGCUCAGCUGCCCGUGUAUGAAUGGCCAGAUGUGGGAUCUGGAGAAUAUGAUGUGGGAGUGGUCGCUUCAUUUGGCCGACUUUUGAGUGAGGCUCUUAUUCUUAAAUUUCCCUAUGGCAUAUUGAAUGUCCACCCCAGUUGCCUUCCAAGGUGGCGUGGUCCAGCCCCUAUAAUCCAUACCGUGCUUCAUGGAGACACAGUUACUGGAGUAACAAUUAUGCAAAUCAGACCUAAAAGAUUUGAUGUAGGUCCAAUUCUCAAACAGGAAACCAUUCCUGUGCCCCCCAAGAGCACUGCAAAGGAAUUGGAAGGAGUGCUGUCAAGACUGGGUGCCAACAUGCUUAUUUCAGUUUUGAAAAAUUUGCCCGAAAGUUUGAACAGUGGAAGGCAGCAGCCAACUGAGGGGGCGACACAUGCCCCUAAGAUUUCUGCUCGUACCAGCUGUAUAAAAUGGGAGGAACAAACUUCAGAGGAAAUAUUCAGACUUCAUCGUGCCAUUGGAAAUAUAAUUCCGUUACAGACACUCUGGAUGGAUAACACCAUUAAACUUCUGGAUUUGGUAGAAGUUAAUAGUUCAGUCCUCACUGAUCCAAAAUUUGCAGGACAGGCUGUUAUUCCAGGAUCCGUAAUAUACCACAAACCGUCACAAAAGCUUCUGGUUUGUUGCAAGGAUGGCUGGAUUGGUGUUCGGUCAGUGAUGCUCAAGAAAACACUAACAGCUACUGAUUUCUACAAUGGAUAUUUGCACCCCUGGCACCAGAAAAACCCCCAAGUUCAUCCAAGUCAAUGCAGAUUUCAGACUCUCAGACUUCCAACAAAGAAGCGGGGGAAAAAAAUUGUUGCUAUGCAACAGUGUACUAAGUAG